AUGGCGUUGACUAUCCCCGCUGCCUGGAGCCCGAGCCCUGGCUGCCUCGCCUCCACCGAUCUCUGGGAAUGGCAGAGAGACGUGACCAAAGCACCCGUCCUCGGCGGGCCGGUAGAGACGAGUAGCUGCUAUCCGCCCGGUUAUACGGGAGAGACCAGGAUAUAUUACCAGGCUACGGCGUGCCCCACCGGUUUCUUUGCAGCUUGUGGCCAUACCGACCUGAGAACAACCUGCUAUUUUGUUUGUAACACUGAAUCCGCCUACGGUUACCUCGGUGUCACAACGUUUCUCUGCACUUCGAUAUGGACGGCCGAGGACACGAUCGCCUUCACAUACACGCAACUGGGGCAGAAGGGAGAUUCUGUGGCGUCUUAUACGGUCACAAGAACCAGUGGUAGCUCGACCACAGAACUUCCCACUUCUGGCACGUUCGCAACUACAGAGGUAGUCAAGUCGGGGGCCACGCUGUUCGCGAUGGGUGUGGCUAUCACCUCGACAGUGGAUACACCUGCCCCAGGGGCGGGAGGUCUCAGCACCGGGGCUGCCGCUGGCAUAGGCGUCGGUGCGGCGGUUGGGGCUCUCAUACUUGCUGCUGCUGCCUUCUUCGUUUAUCGUCAUAGGAGACGAAGAAGGCAGUCUCCACCUACAGCGAGCCAAAACUCUCAAUAUGCGGGCGUCGCGCACAUCCAAGACGUCCACAGAAAGCAUAAUUUGGCACAGCCUGCCGAGAUGGGGGUGUAUGAGCGACCCCGAGAACUGCCUACUUAG